AUGCCGUUCAUCAACUCCAAAGGCGCCUCGACACUUGGCCACACAUUCCGAAAUUUCGAUCAGACGAUCAUCACUGUGAAGGUUGGCCCAAAAGGUGACCAGGAACCGUUCAGCUGCCACAAAGAAUUGCUGCGCAGGUGCUCAGCGUACUUUGACCAAUGCUUGAACGAACAAAAAGCAUCACCGUACAAGAGUUCAGCCUCUUCGCUAGAGCUUGAGGAUGUGAGCCCUGAUGUCUUCGAUGCCUUCAUGAUGUGGCUCUACACAGGGUUCAUCCCACACCACCUGAUCGAAGGUGGGAAGGAAAUCCACCCACCGACCCAUGCAAUCAACAUGAAUGGCCCGAAUGGAGUCGCAAGGGAUCAGGAGGAGAGCGAAGAUGUUGAUACAACGUCGUGGGGUAUUAACCUCGACAACGACGACACAGCAAGCCAGACAUCAAGCGGCAAACCGCCCAGCGUCUCCGAACCAGCAAGUGCAGACAAAGUCUCCGGCGAUGCAAGCGACGUUGCGAAACCCACACCAUCACCACCAGUUCGAAAUCCCGCCGAGAAACCCGAAAUUCCAAAGGAAACACUCUGCCCCUGCUGCUCGCGCCCCUACAAGUGGCGGGGCCUCGAGGGAUUCUUAGAGCGUCGCUUCAUCUCUCUCUAUGUUUUCGCGCACCGUUAUGCCAUCCCUGCGCUUCGGCGCGCAGUCCUUCUCGCCUGGCAGACAAAUGAUGAACUCUUACAAUCCAUGCCCGACCACAGCAACGUCAUCGCUGCGUACGCCGACCUGCCCCCAGACUCGCCUCUGUGCAGGUACUUCCUGGACAUGUAUACUGUCUACUGGAACCCGGAUAAAGACAACGAGUUUGCUAUUCCGUUGAGGAGUCAGCUGCCUCAAGCUUUCUUAUUCGAGCUGGUGACGAUGCUGGCGAGGGGUGAGAGGCCGAAGACAGAGAAAGAAUGGUGUGAAUUCCAUGAACAUGAAAGCGAGGAUGAGAAGAAGGCUUGUUGUGAUGGGUUGGCAAAGGAUCCGGUGGCGGCUAAGGCUUUGAGGAGGAUAAGGGACAGCAAGGGGUGGAAGGGAUUGGUGUUGAAGAAGGGGAAGCGAUGA